AUGCAUCAUAUGCCUCUUUCACUGCUCUCUGUCACACCCAUGAGACCUCCCUCCCCCAAGGUAACAGCAGUCCAUUCAUGCACGCAUAAACUUGCACUUCUGCACUCGUCACUCUCCCUUCACUCCACUCGUCUGCUUCUUUCCUCAUCCCUCACCACGUCUGUGCUCCCCCUUCACUCCCCCGUUUUCUCCACUUCCUCCUUCCUUCCUCGCUCUGUCCUGAUCUGCCCUCUCUUGUCCCAGCAGAUCGCUUACAUGGGAGUGGCAGUGGCGGGGGACACGGAGUGCACAGGCAGCAGCUGCUCUCCACCCAACCCACCCACAGCUAAGUAUUUCUUGCUGGUCGCUUACACGGGAGUGGCAGUGGUGGGGGACAUGGAGUGCACAGGCAGCAGCUGCUCUCCACCCAACCCACCCACAGCUAAGUACCCCGCCCUUCCUCUCUUCUUCCAACCCUCACACUCUGUUGCUUUUCGUGUGCUGCCCUCUGUCCCACCCAAGAGACCUGAGCCUCCCUUCAAGCUUGAGCCUCUGUUCUCUCCUUGCCGGUUUAGGGGAGGGGCGUGGGGGUCAACACCGCCACUCCUCCGCACCCCUCCCCUUGUGGCCAUGCAGGUGGCAGUGGUGGGAGCAGAGGGGGGCAGCACUCCACUCGGCUGGGAUGGGAUGGGAGAGAAUCGGGAUUGGGUCGUCUGGAACAAGGUGGAGGGGAGGGGCGUGCGGGUCAACACCGACGCUUCCCCACGCCCCUCCCUUGUGGCUGUGCAGGUUCCAUGGGGAUGGGAGGGCGGCAGCACUGCAACACACUGGAAUUGGCGCCAGGAGGGAGAGUUUGGGGAUGGGCUUGGCCUUGCAAGGUACGCCGCCUCCCUCCUUGGCUCACCGCUCUCUCCCUCUCCACUUCAUUCGCUGCUGCAGCUCUCCUCAGUUCUGUCAUUCUCAUAUUUGUUUCUUCUCGUAUUGGCAAGAGUGUUUCUAUUCAUGUCCACUCACCAGUUCCUCCGGCUACUCCUCUCCUGUCCCACUUCUCCCUUCUCAGCCCGCUACCAGGUUGAUCAGCAUCAAGGGAAGAACGCACACACCAGCAGCCGAGCAGCAGAACAGGAAGGCUGGGAGGAGGGCUGCCGGGGAAGGGAGUCACCUGGUGGUGCUUCACCUACCUUGUGCUCGCCUCCAGCUCUCACGCCAUCAGAUAAGUGGAGGGGAGGGGCGUGUGGGUCAACACCGACGCUUCCCCACGCUCCUCCCCUGUGGCCGAUGGGAGGGCAGCAGCACUGCAGCACUGCACCAGUCUCCCUCCUUGGCGCCACAAGGGGAGAGUAUGGGGAUGGGCUUGGCCUCACAAGGCCCGUGUUUCAAGCCACAGACCCCCCCACCCCUACUACUGGUAACCCCUCAGCCGAUUCUCCUUUAGUACCGCACAGUACACUCACUGUUGCUGUGUGUGUGCCUUGCAGGUGGUGGGGAGGGGUGUGGGGUCAACACCGCCACUCCUCUGCACCCCUCCCCUUGUGGCCAUGCAGGCUGAAGGUGGGGAGCACUGGAGUAAGAGUGGAAGAGUGGAGUCCACCCUCUCACUCACCUCCUCCUCUCUCCUUUUUCCCUUCCCUCCCAGCAGCACCCUGCCUGGCCUACAGAGGAGCCUCUCCCUCCCCUAACUUCCCCUUCUCUCUCCACUUCCCAGCAGCCUCAGCAUCAUGGCGCACUGCACGACUGAGGUAG